GUUUUGGCAGUUUACACGCAUGGUGACGGCGAUGCAGAACGACAUGUUUUCGUGUUUCCAGCUUCAAAGGUGGGCCACGAUCUCCACAGCUCAGGUAGGCUAUGUCAGAGAGAAAGAAAUCAUUAGCUGUCGGCGAAGUGGUUCACCUAAGAACGAGAAAAUCUUUCAUAAAUCUGAAGAGACUAAUCCUGCAGAAAUGGAUAACGAUGAGCAUCGACUUUCGACAGAGUCCAAGUCCAGCCUCAUGAAGGAUGAUGUUGCGAGGUGUGAGUCCUUGAAGGAAGCACUUGGAUUUCAAUUGACGUUGAACGAUCAUGGCGAUACCCCUGGCGAGAGAUUGACUGAUUUGGAUCAGAUUCGCCGCACGAGCUGCGUCGUAAACAGAUGGGCUGAAAACUUCAAAUCCUGCACGCAGCGCUUCAAAAUGAAACGGGUCUUUCGAGACUCCCCUCGGCUCAUCGCGAUCGAUGAGGUCUUUCGAGAGGACCUAAGACUUAUCAAGAGAUACUCCCCUACAUGCGAGAAAAAAAUUGAGGAACAUAUGUCUAGAAUUGAAGAUAGCUUCCGAACAAAGCACCUAAUGAGACUCCAAGACAUAGAGGAAGUGAGGGAGCAAUUCCAAGACUUCGCUGACAACAUGCAACAGAAAGAUACGAGGGAAAAGUUUUCCAACAUGAAGGCGGAACUGGAGAGAUCAAAGAGGAUGUGUCAAAAAGAGAAAGAAGAGCGGAGCGAAGCGCUGCGAGCAGCACAAGCCAAAGCCAUGCAAGCUGUAAGACACCGCAAGGCCGAGCAAAGGGCAGAGAGAGAGCACAUGAUGGAAGUUUGGAUGGAGGACGCGAAGGUGUUCAGGAAGGAGAGCUGGAGAGCCAGAGAGGAGCGCCAUCGCCUCGAAACCAUUCACCGCAAAGUCCACGCCCGAGCUCAAACUGCGAGGAAGGAGUGCCCCGUUUGCAGGGAAAACUUUCGUGUUGAUGAGAUCGCCAAGACGAUAACACGCUCCUGGUAAGAGUUCUGGUAAGGUUUCUGGUAAGCGGUCGGAUUGCUUGAAGGACAUGCGAAUAUGCUCAUGUGUUGGGUUCUCUCACGUGAUGGAUCUUUUGGAGAAUACACUCUAUUUACAUAUAUUAUAUAUUUAUAGGAAUAGAGAGAAAGAUAGAGAAUGGAAUUUGAGGCAUUCUUCACCUUUCUUUUUCAUUUUACAAAUCACAUAAGAUGGUGUAUUAGGGUUGUAAUUAUUCUUGAGACAUACAAAUUAAAAUGGUAGAAUAGGGAAAAAGAUUUGUGUUGGGAAAGAAAAAUGUUAAAAUAACCUUUUAAUACCCUCUGAAACCCUUUUAAAUUAGGUCACUUUGUAGUGUCAUGUAUAGAAUAUAUUUACAUUUGUAUUCUUAUUUAUAUUUAUUGUUUAUAAAAAUAAUUGGUUGUGAUAAAUCUCAUAAAUGGUAUUAACCUGAUGUAUAUCAAACUAAAGCUAAAUACCAUCAUACAAUGGAACACCUUAUACCUAAGAAAAA